ACAAGAUUUGCUUGUAUCAAUAGACACUUCUUAUUUAAAUCUUUUUUUUCAGUUUCUUCUCAAGAUAUUAUUAAGAAGGCUCAUAACUCUUUUAUUGAACACCCUCUAAGCUUUAUCAAAUUUAAAUUGGAGAAUUUUCGUUUUAAAGUCAGCAACUAUCAUGGAGCGUAUGGUUCAUUUCCUAUUCUAUAUUAUAAAGAAUUCCCCAUGGUAUACUUUAGACAUAUGACACCUUGGGCUCGUGUAUUCGUCUCCUAUACGGGCCCCUGUGGAAAUGCUUAUCGGUCAGUAGCUCCCCUCCCUCUUUAUCGGGCUCGCUAUGUAAUAAAAUUGCAAGAAGGAGACGCAUCUACUUACAAGCCUGAUUUUACGGAUUACCUUGACUGGUUGAACUUUUUGAAAAAUAAGUUUGUAGUGCAUCUUGCUGAAAACUUAAAUUCUUAUCCCCUUCUUAAAGCUCGUUUUUCAAAAGAAAAAGGCCUGGACAAUCUUAUUAAAGUUUUACAUGAUUCUUUUUAUAUUUAUCGCCAAGUUAAUCAUAACACGGAACAAGAGAUUCGUUGUGUUUCUUUCGGUCGAAAAGUUUUUUUUGCUGCACCAAGAGAAGAGUUUCGUAAAACAGCUGACCUGACAUUUAUGUUUCCCCAGGAUAAAUUCAUUUAUGAACAACAUCAACUCGUUCGAGGUUCGUUUUCCAUUUUUAAUCAGGAGGGCCAGAUACUUCCCCUUGCUAACGCCAAUGUUCUGAAAAAGGAUUUGGUUUCCGUGAAGUGCGCUCUUUCCUUUUUUCUUCGUGGAGAUAAGUUUGGUAUGAACUUUGUUUUAGUUAACGCUUCUGUUCUGGAUAAGUUACGACAAUCUGAACAUUCUGUCUCUCCUUUUGGCAUUAUAUAACGAGCAUUGGAGAUUGGCUUUCUUAUAAAGAAAAUCGUUG